AUGUCGUUUGCAAGCAGAAUGAUGAGCAUGAUGGCACUCUCUCUUCAAAUCAUUACAGCACUUGUCUUUAUUACCGUCGUCACUUUCUCCUCAUCACCUCCCGGCGGAUUCACCAUGGACCUAAUCCACCGUCGUUCCAAUUCAUCUUCAACUGGUCGUCGCUCUAACACUUACGAUCAACUCCGAUCAUCUCCUUACGCUGACGUCAUCCAUGAUACCCACGAGUAUAUUAUGAAACUCCAAAUCGGUACACCUCCUGUCGAGAUCGAAGCAGUCAUAGACACGGGAAGCGAGGUCAUAUGGACACAAUGUUUGCCUUGUCUUAACUGCUACCAUCAACGCAAUCCAAUAUUCGACCCUUCGAAAUCCUCCACCUACCAAGAUCUAAGAUGCGACAACACACCUGACCAUUCUUGUGUUUAUGAUUUUGUCUACGCAGACCAAAGCUAUUCCAUAGGAAGGCUUGCUACCGAGACUGUCGCGAUUAAAUCCACUUCUGGCCAGUCCUAUGUAAUGCCUAAAACCAUUAUUGGAUGUUCGCACAACAGCUCAGGGUUGUAUAGCUCCUCCUCUUCGGGCAUUGUUGGUCUAAAUUUAGGGCCGUUAUCACUCGUCUCUCAGAUGGGCAUAGGUGCAAUUUCUUACUGUUUCUCCUCUGAGGGAAGAAGUAGUAAGUUACACUUUGGAAGUAAUGCUAUUGUGUCAGGAGAAGGGACUGUAUCGACCCCUAUGUUUAUUGACAAGGAGAAACCUUGGUUCUAUUCCCUAAACCUAGACGCGGUCAGCGUCGAGAAGACUCGCAUUGAAACAUUGGGGACACCGUUCCACGCCGUAGACGGGAACAUGAUCAUAGACUCUGGAAGCACUUUAACCUGCUUGCCCGCGAGCUACUGCAGCCUAGUGAGGGAGGCAGUGGAAAAGGUUGUUAGAGCGGAACGAGUAACAUACGAGGACGACGAUUCGCUUUGCUAA